AUGGAAAUAGGACUCUUCAGUCUAAUUUUAAUUCUUGCAAUAUUCCAAUCCUCUUUGGCAUGGCAACAAUGGAGUGGAUCUCAAACUAAUGGUUUUUGCCAGAAUCCUAACAGAAUAUCUAUAGCUGGAAGCGCACCCAGUCGGAUGGUGCAAGAAGGUGGACGCAUUGUUCUUAUCUGCUGCACCCUUGGUAACACCUCGGGCCACGAUCACGAGCAGUUGUUAUGGACUGACUCUUCCCAAAAAUUAAUCAUCAACUACUUUUCCAACUCGGUACAGGCUGCCCAAAGUCGAAAGUACGCAGUCCCAGACUUUUCCGAUAAGAAACACAUUAUCUACCCAAACUUACUGAUUGUUUGUGGAAAGGGUCAUGGCAAAUAUGAAUAA